AAUCGUGCAACGAACAUGAAGCUGGCUGGCAACAGAGCCGUUGAUUACUGUCCGAGAGGCAAGAAGUAAGAAGUAACAACAUCCCUUUCAGACAACACCGACCUCCUUAUUGCAAAAGAUUCUGAUGUCCGCUAAUCGGAUAAGGUCAUCGGAUCAUAUGCCCAUUUCCGCUCAUCAGUCCAUAGAAAGAAACCCAAAAAAUGAAUAAGAAAAUCCAUCAGAUGAGUCCUAUCAUACUGUGUUUCAGAUUUCUGGGACACCCAUGUUGGUGAUAUCAAGAACACUACCACCUAUAUAAUAAUCUAAACGUCAAAAGAAAAGAAAAAGGUGAGACCUUUGUAAGUAAAUGACUUGAGGGUUCUGAGAUUUUGAAGAUUUGGUCUUUCCAUGUGUUAUGUGUAGCCCCACGAAUUUGGCCCGGAAGAUCUGAAGCUUUGAUCUUAAGGGGGAAAGCGAUUUGGGGAAUCACUGAUCUGAAGAAAUUGGGAUUUGUGGAUGGAAAUUUUUCCUGCGAUAAAUUAGAGCAGAUCGUGCAUUCUUUUUUUUUUCAAGUGUUUCUGUUCCUAAAAUGUAUUGACUACCAAUCCGACACCAAUUUGUAUGGUUGUUCCAGUGUUAUUGUUCGAAUUGAUUUUGAAGAGUUUUUAGGAUCUAAUUCCUGAGUGAGUCAUGGAGGAUCCUUGUAAAACACCUAUCAAUGGUGAUGUGGCUGAUCAUGGACUUCAGAUUAGCAGAUACUCUCCAUUCCAACUUGGCACCAAAUCGUCAUCACCAUGGUUUGAUUUGAGAGUCUUCUAUGUGAGGAUCAGCAAUUUUCUGGUUGAUGAUAUAACGCCAGAGUUUCUCACUCUUAAUCACAUUCCUCUAAGCCCAGAUACCCUUCUAGAAGUUAAUGGGGCUAGAAUUGGUAUGUAUUCUGAUGGAGUCUCCUCACUCCUUAGAAGAGAUAGGGUAGAUAAGAUAUCAGAAGAAGCCAUAUUUGUGAGCACAGAUGGUAUUAGGUUCACAGGAAGCGUGAAAUUUGAAGUGUUUCAUAAGGAUGAUCUCAUACUUUCCGGGGUUCUGGAGAUGUCUAAUGGUAAUGGCUUCACUGGGGAAUCAAAAAAUAACAUGAAGAGGUGGAGCAUGAAUUGUGAAUCAGAUAUCACUGCUGCCACUGGAUUCUUAAAGGGAAAGAGCUUCACGAGUUCUGGAUUCCCAUUACCAGCCAUUGAGGUCUACAUUGCGGGUUGCUUCUCAGGGAGACCAAUCAUCUUGACGAAAACACUGCAGCUAAGCUCUAGGAAGAAGCAUAAUAGAAAGCGUAUGUUAGACUCAAUACCGGAGUAUGAGUAUGACACAACAGAAUUUCGUAAAGAUUCCUUACCUGAACAUGGUCCACAGGUAGCAGAAUACAGUAACUUGAAACAGGAAUAUAAUGAGGACUAUAGCAACAUGUACUGGAGGACAGAAUACAUGGAUGGUGAGGAAGGUGAACUCUCAUGGUUCAAUGCAGGGGUAAGGGUUGGUGUAGGGAUUGGGCUCGGCAUUUGUCUCGGAAUAGGUAUAGGAGUCGGAUUGCUGGUUCGUUCUUACCAUGCUACCACUCAAAACUUCAAAAGGCGGCUUCUGUGAUAACUCCUCCAAAAUCCAAAUACAUUCUAACUUCCUCUUGUUCACAAAGAUGCAUCUUUGACAGCUGAUUUUGACUUGUUACCCUUUGUAGCUAGCUAACAGUGAUUUCCCCCCACUAUUUCCUGCUUACACUUCUCUAGAACUUCUAAUAUGAUGAGUUGUUCAUUUAGGUGUUUGUAUGAACUUGUAUUUCCUUGUGAAUAAAUCUGUUUUGUCAUCACAGAGACAUAAUCAGUAAUGUAACAAAGGAAUUUUUCCCUU